AUACCUUUCUGGUGAUAUUUCUAUAACCAAACAAAAGCAAAAAUUUACAUUAUACAAGCAAGUUGCCCUAGUUUCUGGUAUUUCUGAGAGUACAGUUGGUGCAGUGUUGUCUAACUGGAAUAAGCGAAACGAUG